AUGCCAUAUUCAGUUUUUGAGAAAUUAGGAAAAGGGGACAACGAGCUAAUAAGGACAAAUUUGGUGCUUAAUGUUUUCACUGGUGAUCUUACGGAGUCAAAGGGUGUGAUCGCUAUGGAGCUUACUAUUGGGAGAAAGAUGGUGCCUACGGCUUUCUUCUUCGCCGAUGUCCAAGAAAUAUACAUUGAUGAUAUUGUUGUUAAAUUGGAUGCUAUGGAUAGUCAAUUCUCUGAUUUGCACUUAGCUCUUGAAAGGAUGCGUCAGUAUGGUUUACAGAUGAACCCGCUCAAGUGUGCUUUUGGUGUAUCGCAGGAGCCGACGCCACCCGGGACCUCCUCCUUGAGUACGGAUUCUCCGAAGUGGAGGUCACCUGUACAGUCCGCCAGGACCAGUUGCUCCUCAACUUCGAUCCGAACCGCAUCAACCCUCCAAGCUCGACUUCUUCCUCUCGGCUCUCGCUCGGCUUCCAUCCUCGCAUGGAGCCUCAACAACUACCUGGUCCUCUACAUCGAGUUCCUCCAUGGCAUCCUGGGUACUAGCGACAACCUCAGCGUCGCCGUCUCCCGCAUGCUCCGCGCCCUUAUGUCCGUCCUCGACAACUUCAGGCACCCCGUCGUGAAAGCCUUCAGAGGAGCUGCCAAGGAUAGCAAUGAUGAAGAUGAUGACCUGAACGAUGAAAAAGACCAUGACAAGGAUGAUGAGGAUAAGGCAGACUUUGAUCCAGAGGAUGAGCUCUAGAUGACAAGGAUGAGAUGGAGUUGCAUUUAUGUGGUGGCUAGGGCUUAUUACCGCUGUUUGUACCGACUUUUGCAAUUUAAGCAACUCAGUAAUGAAAUUUGACAAGUUGUUCACUUAUGUAGUGUAAUAUGUACUCCUGUAGUAUGUACUGAACAAAUAUCCAACUAUUAAUAUGCU